UAAGUUUUGUGCACGGACAGUGUAAACUACUUUGACUAUGGGGCAUGUUGUGGACAUAGGAAAGCCGGUAAAUUAUACAGGGGGGCUCGAGUUCUCAAGCCUAACAUACACAGUGACAAAGAGGAUCAAAGAUGAAAAUGGGAAAUGGUUAAGUCAAGAAGUGGACUUGUUGCACCAAAUAACAGGCUAUGCACCAAAAGGUUGCAUUACUGCAGUUAUGGGCCCAAGUGGUGCUGGAAAGUCCACACUUUUAGAUGGAUUGGCUGGAAGAAUUGCAAGUGGAAGCCUUAAGGGUAAAGUGUCUAUGGGUGGGCUUGAUAUGAGUCCAAGAUUGAUUAAAGGAAGUUCAGCUUAUAUAAUGCAAGAUGAUAGACUCUUUCCAAUGCUUACUGUCUAUGAGACAUUCAUGUUUGCUGCUGAUUUUAGAUUGGGGUCACUCUCGACGACUGAAAAACAGGAGCGUGUUGAGAAGCUGAUCGAGCAACUUGGAUUGUCUUCGACUAGGAACACUUACAUAGGUGAUGAAGGGACUCGAGGAGUUUCUGGUGGUGAACGUCGUAGGGUGUCAAUUGGUGUGGACAUUAUACAUGGACCUUCAUUGUUGUUCUUGGAUGAGCCUACUUCAGGUCUUGAUUCAACUAGUGCUCAUAGUGUAAUUGAGAAGGUGCACGAUAUAGCCCGAGCUGGAAGCACUGUGAUUCUAACGAUUCAUCAACCUUCGCACCGCAUUCAGUUGCUUCUUGAUCAUCUAAUAAUCCUGGCUCGCGGACAACUCAUGUACCAAGGAGCACCGAAUGAUGUAUCACACCAUCUUGUCAGGAUGGGACGAAAAGUGCCAAAGAACGAAAGCUCGAUAGAACACUUAAUUGAUGUGAUUCAGGAAUAUGACCAAUCUGAGCUUGGAGUAGAAGCAAUAGGAGCAUUUGCACUUACUGGUAUGAAACCUCCACCAAUCGGUGCAGCAGCAACACACGAGAUGUCAGCUUCCACCGUGCCUCCAUCACCUGCCCGCCUAUCACACCGUGCUAAACAUCAGGCCAUGGAGGCACAGGGUCGUGACAAGGCAAGCAAACGUCUUCGUUUGCAAACCGGUGCACAAGAUGACACAGGAUUUGAUCACAGUGUUAGGAGUCCCUGGAAUACAUCCAAGUCCUGGACUGCCAGCCAUAGUGGUGUUCUACAAUCUCUAGGCUUUUCACCAGCUAGGCGCAAUGAUCCUAGAAGUCCAAGUGUAAUGGGUUCUUCACCAGGAUGCUAUGCCUACUCUACAGAGAUCGUUCAAAGUACUCCAACUCCGAAUAGUAGUGACUACACUGUCAACGAAAAUGACUAUUUGACGCCCAAUGAUUUUGCGAUCAAUACCAAUCAUUCUUUCCAUGAUCCAGGGCCAAAAUUUGCAAAUUCCUUCUUCUCAGAGACGUGGAUUUUGAUGAGAAGAAACUUUAUAAACAUCAUGCGCACUCCUGAACUUUUCCUCUCGAGGCUUGUAGUACUAACAGCCAUGGGAAUUAUGAUGGCUACGAUGUUCCUGCAUCCCAAAGAAAACCUUCAAGGCAUAACGAAUCGUCUCAGUUUCUUCAUCUUCACUUGCACCCUCCUUUUCUUUUCGUCCAAUGAUGCUGUUCCUGCUUUCAUUCAAGAACGAUUUGUCUUCAUCCGAGAGACCUCUCACAAUAAGUAUAGGGCCUCUUCAUACACAAUUGCAGGUCUAAUUACAUAUCUUCCGUUCCUAGCUCUCCAGGCUGCAGUUUAUGCAGUGAUUGUUUGGUUUGCACUAUCGCUUCGAGGGCCAUUCAUAUAUUUCUUGGUAGUUUUAUUCAUGUCACUACUCUCCACGAAUUCAUUCGUUAUAUUCGUGAGCUCGGUGGUACCAAAUUACAUACUAGGAUAUGCUGCUGUUAUUGCUUUCACCGCGCUAUUUUUCUUGUUUUGUGGCUAUUUCUUGAACAGCAAUGACAUGCCGAAGUACUGGAAAUGGAUGAACUAUGUUUCAACUAUGAGUUAUCCAUAUGAAGGACUGUUAAUGAAUCAGUAUCAAACAAAUGAAUCUUUUGGAAAAGAUCCUCUUGGAAGAGAUGUUACUGGUUUUGGAAUAUUGAAAUCACUUAAUAUUUCACAAGAUCCAGGCAAGAAGUGGGAAAAAGUAUAUGUAAUGUUGGGAUGGGCUGUUUUUUACAGGGUUCUGUUUUAUAUUGCUCUCAGAUUCUUUUCAAAGAAUCAGAGGAAAUGA